AUCAUGUGACCUGUUCACUGAGACAUGGCGUCCAGGCAAAACAAGAUGUUUGUCCCUGAAACUCCCUCAAAGACCUUUAGCUUCUUUGUGACUUUAAUCGGAUUGUGUUGUUUUUGUGCGUCCGCGGGAGCUGAAAUCCAAACAGCGAUCAUAGACAAACAAAGCGGGCAGCUGUCUAUCGUCGAAGGUUAUCACGAAGAUUAUGUUGCCUGGGCAAACUUUACAGAUGACAUCAACACAACAGGCUGGUCCUUUUUGGAGGUCACAACCAGCAGUCGGUACAAUGACAGCUUCCAAGCUUAUGCUGCUGGUGCCGUUGAGGCUUCAGUCACUUCUGCACUCAUUUAUAAACACUGGAUGAACACUCUGAUGGGUUACUGUGGGCCCUUCAUGUCUGAAUCUGGUUACUGUGAGCGCCUUAAGACUUUUAUUUCAGCCAACCUUCAGUGGGUUCAGGAUCAAGUGGAGAAGCAGCCAGCUUCACCCUACUGGCACCAGGUGCGUCUGGCGCUGCUGCAGCUUAAAGGUCUUGAAGACGGCUACUAUGACCAGCUGUACUUUCCUACUGAGCGCUUCAACCUCAAUCCACUUGGCUUCUUACUUUUCCAGAUGGGUGGAGAUCUUGAAGACUUGGAGUCAGCGCUGAAUAAAUCCAGCAAAACCCGCCUCCUUGGUUCUGGCUCCUGCUCUGCGCUCAUUAAACUGCUGCCAAACAAUAAAGAUUUGCUGGUGUCACAUGACACCUGGAACACUUACCAGGCCAUGCUGCGCAUUAUGAAGAAGUACAUCUUCGCCUUCAAAACUUCUCCGUUAGACAACGAUUCUCUUCCUGGAGGAACUCAGGCUUUCUCAUCAUAUCCUGGCUCCAUCUUUUCUGGAGAUGACUUUUACAUCUUAAGCAGCGGUUUGGUUACACUGGAAACCACCAUCGGCAACAGCAACCCUGCUCUCUGGAAGUUUGUCCAGCCGACAGGAACGGUAAUGGAAUGGCUGCGGAACAUUGUUGCUAAUCGGUUGGCGACUACGGGCCAGGACUGGGCAGAGAUAUUCAGCAAGUACAACAGUGGAACGUACAACAACCAGUGGAUGAUUGUAGAUUAUAACCUCUUCACUCCAGGACAGACUGACAUUAAAGAUGGCCUCCUUGUUGUGUUGGAACAAAUUCCGGGACUUGUUGUAUACAGAGAUAAGAGUCAGGAGCUCCUGAAGAACGGUUACUGGGCUAGUUACAACAUCCCGUACUACGUAGAGGUCUUUAAUGCCAGUGGCUGCAAUAAACUGGUGGAGAAGUACGGCCCCUGGUUCUCUCUGGAUCAGAAUCCUCGGGCUCAGAUAUUCAGGAGAAACCAGACUUAUGUCAUAGAUUUGGAAUCCAUGGUGCGCCUUAUGAGGUACAAUAACUUUAAAGAAGAUCCAUUGUCAAAAUGUGAUGGAUGUGAUCCACCUCAGAAUGGAGAGAACGCCAUCUCGGCUCGUUCGGACCUGAACCCAGCUAAUGGGACAUACCCGUUUGGUGCCUUAAAGCAGAGACCCCAUGGAGGAACAGACAUGAAGCUGACUUCCUACGAAAUGUUCAGACAGUAUGGUAUGCUGGCAGUCAGCGGACCGACCUGGGAUCAGGUGCCACCUUUCCAGUGGAGCACUUCUCCUUAUGAAGACUUGGUCCACAUGGGACACCCUGAUGUGUGGGCUUUCAAGCCUAUAAAAGUUACCUGGACACCUUGAUUGGUUUAAUAAGCACUGAGUGAAAAUUUUAAGGUUAUGACAAAGGGAAAUAAUGAGCUGGAACAAAACAUUCUCUGUGAUUGUGUUGCAGUAUUGAUAUUUGAUUCCUCUUUUUUUAAGAGCUGUUUACAUAGAUCUCUGUUUCUGAUAACAAAUUUUUAACUAAUUUUUAUGAUGCCUUUUUUUUGUUUUAAUAUUUUUUAAUUAAAGAAUACCUUCAUUUCUGUUAACCUUUUUAAAUGCGUGUCUAUAUAUACAACAUUUGGUCAAUAAAUAGGGCCAUCUCAGUAAAUUAAAAUCUCAAAAAAGUAUUGUAGUAAUAAAAUUUAAAAGGUAAAACUCAAAGAGUCUUUAAACGCGGAGAGAUUUUGCAAAAGUAUAUUUCUCUUCUUUUUGCACUAUUUUCUAGUUAAAAGAAAGUCUUGGGUUUGAAACCCUUCCUGGGGUUUUUGAUUUAAAUUUCCAUGUUGUCCCUGUUGUGUGGCUUCUAUAGCUUCUUCCUAUUUUCCAGAAUUAUGCAUUCUAUGUUUAUUGGUCAUUCCAAACUUCCCCUAGGAUUUUGUGCCUACAUCACCUGCACAGGGCAUGCCCAUUACCUACCCCAAGCAUACAGACCAGAAUACGUAGUCGUAGAUGAGGGCAGGAUGGCUUACAGCUGAUGAAAAACAAGACUUAUGUUUGUACAAAACUGGAGUACUAUGUGAGACAAGUUUAAAUGAAAGAUACAUGCAGAAAUAUUUGCCUACUGAAAAGCAUGUUCAUGGACUACAAUAUAUGUAAAUGUACUUAAUCAGGGGUCUGUUUGCAUAAAAUUGCCUCAUCGCUGUU